AUGCUCGAGGUGCUGGUGCUGAAGAUUGAAGAUCCAGGAUGCUUCUGGGUUAUUAUAAAAGGAAGUAGUCCGUUUUUAGAUCAUGAAGUUGAUUACCAAAAACUAAAUAGUGCCAUGAAUGACUUCUACAAUAGCAUGCGUCAAGAUAUAGAAAUAAAACCGUUAAUGUUGGAAGAAGGGCAGGUCUGUGUGGUGUAUUGUCAGGAACUGAAGUGCUGGUGCAGGGCUGUUAUUAAGUCCAUUGUGUCUUCGGCAGACCAUUACCUGGCAGAAUGUUUCCUUGUGGAUUUUGCCAAGUACAUCCCAGUGAAAUCUAAAAACAUCCGAGUUGCAGUAGAAACUUUUAUGCAGCUUCCCUACCGAGCGAAAAAAUUCAGGCUGUACUGCACGAAGCCUGUUACGUUACACAUUGACUUCUGUGAAGACAGCGCUGAGAUUGUACCUGCCAAGAAGUGGGACAGUGCAGCUAUUCAGUACUUCCAGAACAUCCUAAAAGCAACCACCCAGGUGGAAGCCAAGUUGUGUGCCGUGGAAGAAGAUACUUUUGAGGUCUACCUUUAUGCAACUAUAAGAAAUGAAAAAGUCUGUGUUAAUGAUGAUCUGGUUGCGAAGAACUUCGCUCGUUACAUAUCACCCAAGGAGAAUAAAAACACUGAUUCUGUAGAGAAAUCAAGAUUGAGUAUAAAGUCAGCAUCCUUUUCCAGUAAACUCAAUCCAGCGCUUACUCUUUGGCCAAUGUUUUUGCAAGGAAAAGAUCCACAAGGAAUGGAAAAUAAAACUAUAAACUGUAAUCUGGAUUCAUUGAGAGGUUCACCUAAAAAAAAGCCUGAAAAGAAACAACAGUGCAUCUCUUUGAAAGAUGUAAAUAAGUGUGUUGAAUCCUCCAUGUACUGGCCAACAAAGAGGGGGAUAACCAUAUAUGCUGAGCCAGAUACACCAGCAGCAAGUGCUUUAUGUCAGAAGCCAAAUGAGAAACCACUUAGGUUGGCCGAGAAGAAAGAACACAAUGAGAAGAAUGGCUGUGUGAAAUUGUUGCAGUUUUUAAAUCCUGAUCCUUUGAGAACUGAUGGGAUCUCUGAUCUACAGCAGUUGCAGAGGCUGCGGUCCGGCUCCCAGCAGCCCUUGGCCGUGCUCAGGCACAAGAUCGAGCCUUGCUUGUCCAUUGACGCGUCGCCACUUUCGGCAGACCUGAGAAAGGCUCUUCAGAGAAACAAGUUCCCGGGACCGAGCCACGCGGAGUCCUACUCUUGGCCCCCCAUAGCCCGGGGCUGUGACGUGGUGGUCAUCUCGCACUGUGGCGGGGAUCCCCUGCUGUACCUCCCGCCGGUCCUUACAGUUCUGCAAACGGGGGGCUGCUACAAGUCUUUACCAAGUAGAAAUGGACCUCUGGCAGUCAUCGUGUGCCCUGGGUGGAAAAAGGCCCAAUUUACUUUUGAAUUACUGGAAGAUUAUAGCACAUCCUCCAGGCCUCUUCAUCCCAUGUUGUUAAUAAUCGGACUCCACGAAGAUGAAGCCAAAAACAUGAAGCUUCCAAGGGGGUGUGACAUCAUUGUUACAACACCCCACAGCCUCCUGAGACUUCUCAAAUACCAAAGCUUGUUAUUUCUUAGACUCUGUCACCUCAUCUUGGAUGAGGUGGAAGUGUUAUUCUUUGAAGCUACUGAAGAAAUGUUUGCUAUAUUAGAUAACUUUAAAAAAAAUAUUGAUGUUGAAGAAAGGGAAUCUGCACCACAUCAGAUUGUUGCGGUCGGCGUUCACUGGAGCAGACAUAUAGAGCAGCUGGUCGGAGGGUUCAUGAACGACCCCUACAUCGUGGUCACAGCCGUGGAAGAGGCCGCUCUCUAUGGCAGCGUCCAGCAGGUAGUACACCUUUGCCUAGAAUGUGAAAAAACCUCUACUUUACUCCAGACUUUAGAUUUCAUUCCAAGUCAAGCACAAAAGACCUUGAUCUUCACCGGUUCUGUAGCUGAAACAGAAAUAGUGUGUAAGGGUUCUCCUGCAGAACAGGGAGAUAAGAAGACCAAAUCCGUCUUGCUGCUGACAGAGAGGAACGCGUGCCACGCGGUCGGCGUCCUGCGCUACCUGGAGCGGGCAGAUGCCAAGAUUCCCUCAGAGCUGUAUGAGUUUACUGCAGGGGUUCUGGAAGCCAAAGAAGAUAAAAAAGCCAGAAGGCCUCUUUGUCCGUAUCUUAAGGCUUUUGGUUUUUGCAAAGACAAAAGGAUCUGUCCUGAUAGACACCGUGUUAAUCCAGAAAUAGAUAUGCCAAGGAAAUUAUCCAAUCAAACUCUGCCAACAUUUGGAUACAUCAAAAUAAUACCCUUUUAUAUUUCGAAUGCAACGCAUUAUUUUGGUCGUAUAAUUGAUAAACAAGUGGAUCUUUAUGCAACUCUUAAUGCUGAAAUGAAUGAGUAUUUUAAGGGUAACAGCAAUAAAACGACUGUUGAAAAGGUGGAGAAACUCGGAUUAUAUGGAUUAGCAGAAAAAACACUUUAUCACAGGGUUGAGGUGCUGGAGCUGAGCCAAAAAGAAGACACCUGGGGUCCGGACAGUGUCCUUGUGAAGUUUAUAGAUGAAGGCCGGACUGGACUCGUCACGAGGGACCAACUGCUGCAUCUUCCGGAAAAUUUCCACACUCUGCCCCCCCAGGCGGUGGAGUUCAUUGUUUGCAGAGUGAAACCUGCUGACAAUGAAGUUGAGUGGAAUCCAAAGGUUACUAGGUACAUUCAUCAUAAAAUUAUUGGAAAAUUACAUGAUGCCAAAGUGAUGUUGGCUUUAGGAAAUACAGUGUGGAUUGAUCCAAUGGUGCACAUUACCAAACUUUCAAAUUUGAAGACCUCUGUUAUUGAUUAUAAUGUUCGUACUGAAAUUUUGUCGAUGGGAAUGGGCAUUGACAACUCGGAGCAUAUGGAACAGCUGAAGACGUUACACGAAGGAGCUAAAAUGCCACCUGAUGAAGAAAGCCUGAGCCAGGCCCUCUUCCACCCACAGAUAAAAUGGUUCCAAAAAGAUGAUGUGGUCAUACUGAAGAUAAGAAUAAGGAACGUGAAAGAUUACAAAUGUGAAUAUUUCCAAGAUAGAGUCAUUUUCAGUGGCUGGGCGGGAGAGAAGUUUUACUUGGCUGACAUGGAGCUGCAGGCCAACAUAGCAAAAGACGCCUGCAAAUGCACGAUCACAAACGAGGAACCUGUGAUCACUCUUGCAAAAGAGACCAGGGGAUCUUGGUGCAGCUUACUCAAACAGAGGAAUCCUAAUGUGGCUUUUGAUUUCGAUCACUGGGAAGAAGGUGAAGAGGACAGCCAGUUCCCCCAGGUUGUGAAUUCUAAAAACCUGCCGUGCAAAGUGGCAGAGGUGGCUGAGAACAGUGACCGGACAUCGGAGGAUGACGGAGGUGAGAGUGAAUGA